CACGACUCCGCCGCCCACGACUCCGCCGCCCACGACUCCACCGCCCACAACAUACCCACCCACGACGUACCCACCACUCCCAACGCCCGAACCGACGUGUCCGUCGGCCGUUUACGCCCUUGUCACCUCCACUCGGUUCUCGUACGUCACGUCCACGUACCAGGUGCGCAGCGCCCGCCAGACUGUGGAGUCGCGGUACAUCACCUCGACGCUGGUGCUGGCCUCGCCUUCCACCGUAACUGUGCACAUGACCCGGCACCGGCCCCGGACGCUGAUCUCCGCUCUGGAGGUGCUCACCGCCACAGACUACCAGCUGGUCGUGCGUGACCUGCCGGAGACUCACUACCGCACCGUCACCGACCACGUCUACUUCACCGACACGGUCAACAACCACGUGAGGGUGACGGUGACCGUGCCGCGUCCCACCACUGUCACCGAGCUCACCACCGUCUUCAACUCUUACCACGAGACCAACCCGCGUGUCACCAUCGUCACGCGGCUGAAGACGGCCACCAGGACCGAGGUCAGCACGCGCACGGAGUACGCGGUCACCACGGCACUGGUGACGGAACGGCGCACGCUGCGCACCACCCACACCAGUGACGUCACUACCACGCUGCCGGCCGCCACCGUCACGAGCACCCUGCUGUUCUGCCCGGCCACCUCCGCGGGAUACGGCUCCAGCUCUGGCUCCGGCUCCGGCUCCAGCUACGGCUUCAGCUCCGGCUCCAGCUCUGGCUCCGACUCCGGCUCCAGCUACGGCUUCAGCUCUGCUCAGCCUGGAUUCAGCGGAGGGCCGAGUGACGACGGUGCCGGACUGCUGGAUGUCAGGUUCGGCGAGCGGCGUAGAGAUGGGUCUGGUGACGUGCGCUUUGCAAAACACGGUCAGGGCUCGGGGGAUGUCGGUUAUAAGCAUGUUGCGCGGGAUUCGCAUGGAGUUGAUGCCGCAGAGCAAGAACAAGCUUUCGAAGACACGAAUAACCGCGGUGGGGCACAAGGUCUUGAUCAGUUUGAGCUUCAGAAAGGCACUGAAUAUAAUCAGCCUUUUCAUUUCCAACCAACGCAUUGACACCGAUGUGGCAAGGUCUGAACACGGUCAGGGAUACGUGAUAGGCUGAUAACUGCCACUUGAAUUAGCUGGGAGCAAUGGUGCACGGUAUUGCGUUGUACCUCAUUUUGUAAUGACCUUCACCACCGCACAGCGCAAUGGCGACCAUCCAGUGUUAAGAGUUCGCACGGCACGACCAGGGAUAGGGUGAGAUGAUGAGAGCGGCGCAGUGUUGUGGACUGUGAGCUCCUUGAUGGAGGAGGAAACCACCAUGAGUGGAGGAGGAGAGAGGCGAUGAUCACCAUGUGCCGACUGGCUGGCUAGUGGAGAGACUGUGUCGGAGGCCCCGAAAGCCACCAACUGCCAUGCGUGUGGGCGGUGCGUAGGCGCGUGCCGGACGGCAGCUGAACUUUAUUUGUGUCUGCCACCCCACAGCUGUAACAGGCACAGACCAACCUGCUAAGACUGUAACUUUGCGGCACUGCUCUUUAUAGCAUAACUCAUUUGAAAGUAAACUGUUGGCCCAAUAACAUUUUUCGCAGCAUAAUCUUCUUUUUUGGAAGAUGCAAGGCUGGAUGUUCCCCAGUAGGCGAAAUGAGACUUGAAACAUCUGAGCGAAUGCCACGUGUGCCAAAUCUUGGCAGAUAUUGAAAACUGGUGAACUGCGUACUACGAGAUGUACGGCAAG